CCACCCACUACACAGGCGUCAACGGCAAGUCACGGAGAAGUGGAAGCUCCUGCGUCGGCGGCCAAGAUGAGUGACGAGAACCGGCCGAAGGUUGAACUUUUCGUGAAGGCCGGAAGUGAUGGCCAGAGCAUCGGCAACUGUCCCUUCUCUCAGCGUCUCUUCAUGGUGCUGUGGCUGAAAGGAGUCACCUUCGAUGUCACCACGGUUGAUAUGAAGAGGAAGCCAGACAUCCUGAAGGACCUGGCUCCUGGUGCCCAGCCUCCUUUCCUGAUUUAUGGGAGCGAGGUGAAAACUGACACCAACAAGAUAGAGGAGUUCUUGGAGGAGAACCUCAGCCCUCCCCAAUACCCUCGCCUUGCUGCUCGCAACCCAGAGUCAAACACAGCAGGGAUGGACGUUUUCUCCAAGUUCUCUGCUUACGUCAAGAACUCCAACCCCCAGCUUAAUGACAACCUAGAGAAAGGUUUGAUGAAGGCUUUGAAGAAGCUGGACGACUACCUCGGCUCCCCACUUCCUGAAGAGAUUGACGAGAAUAGCACUGAUGAUGUCACUUCCUCAUCCCGCCCCUUCCUGGAUGGUGAUGAGCUUACUCUGGCCGACUGCAACUUGCUGCCUAAGCUUCACAUUGUGAAGGUGGUAUGUCAGAAGUACCGUAACUUCGCUAUUCCUCGUUCUCUGUCCAACCUGUGGCGGUACCUGGAUGCUGCCUAUGCCCGGGAUGAGUUCUCCUCCACCUGUCCAGUGGACACAGAGAUCCACAUUGCCUACUCCUCUGUUGCUAAAGCUCUCAAGUAGGAGGGGCGAAGCUUGAACACAUCAGAGGGACGAUACAUAAAAUCAUAACCUCACACACACACAUGCAUGCACACACACACACACACACACACACACACACACACACACACACACACAUAUACAUGCAAGCACACAUUCCGGUUCCAUCACCUCUCCCUCCAAAAACAUACACAGAUGCUGUACAUGGGAGCACACUUACACGUACACUUACAGACACCUAAAAGAAAUAGCCUUGCUUUUGUACAGAAUUUCAGGCCAGCAUGUAAACCCUGUAAAUUUAGAAACAAUUUGAUUGGCUCUUUCAGACAUGUGUAAGUCCUGAGUCAUUGCAAGCACAAUACUGUUGCUUUCUUUUCUUACCAAUGCCAUAUCCUUUGUUUUGGUGUAUCAAAAACUAUUGAUAUGCAGAUGCCUACAAUGCUGCAGAAAAGAUAAAAUUUUCACAAGUACCUACCAUGCCUCACACAUGCUCACCCGUCCCUCCUUUUCAGUUAUCAUAUUGUCCAAGCAACGAAAGUGUUUGUUUUGACUUCUUUCUUUUUUUUGGUGUAUUCACGUACUACAAGGGAGAUUUGUUCAUGACAAACAUUCAUGCCAGCACCAGCUCAGCUAUUAAGUGUCUUUCAAGUUGCGGCCAUAAUUACGUCAUAUGUAAUUUGUAUGUCAUCCCACUGGUAAUGUGUCAACGCCUUUUUGCGGCUGUGUAUCAUGAGAGCGUCUCACAUAUACUUAAGUCCUAUUGCACUUAAACUAAUUAUCCGUGUUCUUUAUCUACGAGGUUUAAUAAGCUGACGCAUCCGAGAGCUGUUUCUCUGACUUUAGGAUGGGCAACGCUGUAGGGAGGUGCAGCUGACGUCAGUCACACAGACAGGAAAUGAUUUCAAUAGACCUCCGCUUCCCCAUCUGCUCUCCACCCACAUCCAUGAAGGAAUAAUUCAAACUGCCAAGCUUGUUUAGGUUCACUGAAAGGCUCUCCUGCCAUUGAGUCACUUGAUUUUCCUAUGCUAUAUGAAGGACGUGGGUUUUAAGUUUCCUCUGCGGCAAAAGAAAUCUAGUUAUGAGCUUAUUUGAGCUGUUUUAAAUGAAGAAGUCAAGCAUUUACUAUUGCUGUUAUGUGUACUAAACAGCACUUGCCUUCGUCCAUAGCCCCAAGACACAAGGCCUGUUAUGUCACAUGUCUCGUGUGAGAGGAAUGGAGGAAGUUAAAUACAUGUACGGUGUUUCCACAGAAAACAAUAUGCAAAGCACUUAACUAAUCAGACUAUACCAGUAAUGAUAAAACACAGUCUUCUUGGCGAAUGCAUGCAAAGUGGAUGCCCACCAUUAUCAGGCUAACCCCGUUAGUAUCACGUGUUUGCAAAUCUUGAUCGAUUCCUGUCUUGAAAACGCUUAAAACUAGUUUGCAACCCCCCCUUGAAGGUAUUGUGAAGAAAUGAAAAUUAGUCAUGUCUGUUAAAUUUCACUUAGGAACAUGAGCAGGGCACUAGUUUGGAAUUGAAUUGAAACAUAGAGAUACUGUAAUCACCACUUCAUAUAUAGGUUGUGUGAAUGAGUUUUGUUGUGAGUUUUAUAGCAUUGCCUCCUGAUUAUAUCAGGUUACAUGUUGUCAAUGGAUUUUUUUUUUUUACAUCAGGGCAAAGCUCUGUAAAACAAUAAAGCCUAAGUGCAAUUUUAUACAGUUGAAUAUUGUAUUAUAUCGAUCUCAUCGUAUUGGGCAUCUAUAUUGCGCUGUGAGGGUAGUUUUUUACUAAUAUUUAAAACAUUAUCCCUCCUUUAUAAGUGGUAGAAUUCAGACAUGGGUUGAUCAAACCCGUGAUAGAUUAUACAUAUCUGAAAACCUCAUUGCCCAAACAAUGGACCAACUUUUACAGGGCCACGUGGUCGUAGUAUUGCUAUGUGAUGGUGAUAUUUCAAGGGACUAGGUCUUUAUAAUUUCAGUGCUGAUGUCUUCUAAUAUUUCUUUGGCUGGAGCUCAGAAGACUGUGCUUGUUUCUCAUUUCCUGUGAGAGUUAGAGAGGAUUUCAGGGAACCUUUAACUUGCUCCUUACAUUCCUUAAAGUGUUACCUUUAUGUACUCGAUUAUAUUUCCACUCCGUCAUUUAUGAAUUUCUUUUUUUAUCAUCUGCUGCUAGAUUCAUAUUGUGCUUUUUUCCCUCCACUUUGUUCCCUAAAUCUGUGCUUUUCCCUAUUCUUUUUGUAGCCUUUAUCUGCCACCUUUCGUUUAGUCAUGCACAGUUGCAACAUGGGAUCCUCAGUUGCUGACAAUCAAACUAACGCAUGUCUUUUAUAUGUUGAAUGUAACUUGCAAAGAUACAUUCAUUUCUUGAUGAUUACAAUGAAAUGUCUCAAUAAAACUACAAAUCAA